CAUUGGUGGAAAAAAAUAGCUUGGUGAUGAAGCCAAAAUGGCGGACCCAUCAGACGAUGGAUGGGAGUCACUUUUGAGUGAAACAAUGCCCGAUUUAGGAACGAAUUUUAACGAUGAUAGAGCCAUGAAUCAGCCCAUGAUAGGCGAUUUUGACGAGGGAUUUUUGGAUUUCCUUUGUGGAGCACAACCUGAUGUUGAUCAGGAGCAAAACAGUACAGCACUUUCAUCUGGGGUGAACCCUAAGACUGAUCCUUCACAGCUCAUUCUCUCGCCUCCAAUUACACCUCCAGAGUCAAUGGCUACAGAUGAUGAUUGCUCAUCCUCACUUAACAUUGCAGACUAUCUCUCCAAAUUUACAACACAGCAACAAGAUCAAUCAGCAUUCCCAAUGUUUCAACCUAAGGUUAAGGUAAAGCAGGAGCCAGGAGUUUGUGAUCCAGGUCAGCAUGGUACUCCAAAACAGAAUCAGAACACCACCACCCAGUACCUGCUUAAUUUACUUCAAGGGCAGAAUUCCCAGCCGGCUCCCCCUGCUAUGCACACUAAGAGCUUAGAACAGCUUCUUCAGGAGCCAUCAAUCCUUACACCAACCUCACAGCCUUGUGCUGUUACAGUCCAGCAGCCUAUUUCAACCCAGCAGCCAACAGUUGUUACACAACAGGCACCACAAAUGUCUCAGACAACCCCUCAACUCCUUCAGCUGCUGCUUCAACAACAGCAACAGCAACAACAACAACAACAACAGCAACAACAACAACAGCAACUGCCACAGUUACAACCUAAGCUUCAGCUACCAACUGUCCAGCCACAGGUUUCAACAAGUCAGCCUUCAUCAAGUCAGAACACUCUGCUUCAACAGCUUCUGCAGCAGCUGGGUGUGUUACCCAAACAGAACACAACCAUAGUGCCACAGCAGCAAGUGGUAGUUCCUGAAGAACAGUUGUCUCCUCAACAGCAGGUUCCCUCUCCAGGGUCUAUUUCUUCACUGUCAUCAACACCGGUAUCCCCUGUCCACCCAACUUCUCCAGUGUUACCUGUUCUUUCAAGUGCACAAGUCACAAGUCCACAAACACAGCAGAGUCUUGCUCAACCACAAACUGUCAAGCCAGACUCUGCUUCCACUGUCGUUGGUACUAUUGAACUUAGCCAAUCACAGAUUCAGCCCACACUGUCCCAGGGUCCCAAUGGGGUCUUAACAGCUACCAUUCCCAUUGUCUUGGACCCGAGCAAGAUUCCAAUCAGUCGUCUGACUAAUGCAAAGGGCCAAGUGGGAGUCAAAACAGAAAAGCGAUCAGCGCACAAUUUGAUUGAGAAGCGGUACCGCACCAGUAUCAAUGACAAGAUUGUGGAGUUGAAAGACCUUGUGUGUGGGCCAGAUGCAAAGAUGAACAAGGCUGGUGUGUUAAGGAAGGCCAUAGAGGUAAUAAUGAAGCUUCAAAAUGAAAAUGCACGCCUCAAACAAGAAAAUAUGAGUUUGAAAAUGGCACAGCAAAAGAGAGAAACCAUCACUGAGCUUGUCCGAAAGCAAAAGGAACAUCAGAUAAAGAAAGAUGUCAGUAGUUGUGGAAUGAUAGAAGACUGCACUAUGAUGGAGACAGAAGCUGUAAAAAGGGAAGAAUCCAACAAGGUGGAAGACGUUGCCAAAGCUAACAAUGUGAUACAAAGUCCUCUUACACCACCCACACCAGAUCCAUUGACAAAAGACAAGACUCACAUCAAAGUAGAAGCCUUACCUGUCAGUAGUUGUGGAAUGAUGGAUCGCACCCGCGUGGCAUUGUUUGCUUUUAUGUUUACCUUUUUGUUUAUCAACCCUUUGAGUUACAUUGUGCCUCAGCUUGAUAAAGGUAUGUUUUUCUCCAAUCCUGUGGAAAAUAAAAGACCCCAGGCUUCUGGAAGGACAUUGAAUUCUUAUGGAGAUAGUGGUGCUGUACAGCAGGAAAACAGCCUUUGGAAUUCUGCCCUGACUGUGCUUAACUGGUCUUUGCAUGUAUUUGUGGCCUUAGCAGUAUUGGUGCGUAUCUUUGUGUUUGGGGAGCCUGUGACACGACCCCACUCUGACAAUGCAGUCCUGUUCUGGAGACACAGAAACCAAGCUGAUGAAGACUUAAAUAAGGGUGAUACUAUAUCAGCAGCGCGUCACCUUGAAAUUUGCCUGAGGGCACUGAAACGUCCCCUUCCUGUUUCAAAGCUUGAUGUGGCCUGUGGUCUGGUUUGGCAAUUGAUGCGCCAUGUUCUGCAGAGGCUAUGGAUUGGAGCAUGGCUUGCAUCUGCUGCUGGAGGAAUAAAUAUACGUGGACGAAGCACUGAUACCAAGGAUUAUGCCAAAAUAUCUGCAAAAGAUGCAGCUUUGGUUUACCAUAAGUUACAUCAGUUGAGCCUUACAGGUCAUGUCUCUGUGAAUGGCUGGCGUUCUUCCUUUCUUGGCUUGGCAGCUGUGAACCUUGCAGAGUCUGCAGACAAACUGAUGAGCAUUGACAUCUUAGCUGAAAUCUAUGUAUCAGCUGCAAUACAGAUAAGAACUUCAUUCCCUGAUGGACUUCACUUUACUGCUAGGUAUUUCCUUGGCCGUGCACAAACAUCUUAUGCAUCUCGUGGAACAACAGUUCCAGCUUCACUGCAAUGGCUCUUCCGUCCUAAGGGACACCGCUUCUUUGUCAGCAGUCGGUGGUCUUGCCAGGGAGGUGAUAGCAUGUGGGCCAGCAUCAGUGACAAAACCAACCCAGUUGCUCAUGUAAGUCAAGCAUUCCGGGAGUAUCUCCUCCGCUAUGCACUCUCGUCUAUUGUAUUACCAAGUGCAACGGAUGAAGAUACUACUGGGGAUAAAAGUGUUCGGGAUGCUCUUAGGUACCUGCACAUGCUGAAUGAGUGUGCAUCUACCAGUGAAAAGCCUGUAAACAUGGCAUCAGCAGUCGGUGACGAUGAGGUUGCCAAAUGGUGGGUAGCAGUGGGAAUGGUGGCAGUUCAUUGGCUGCAAGGUGAAGAUGAGUCUGCUGAGAGGUUUUACAGUACAAUUGAGAGUGUUCCUAAGAGCUUGUGGAAUGCAGAAGAUCCUGUGGCAAACUCAAGAGACCCAUUAGCAAAAGCUAUCCUUAGAGCGUACUUAGCAAAGAAACAGAUUUUGAGUGGAGACACACAGCCCAGCUCUCUUGAAGAUUGUGUGCAGUUCUGCAAGAAGUCAGGUCUUCAUCUGCAGGAGAGCAUUAAUCUGACAUCUUCCCUUUACCAGUCCAGCACUAGCCGCCUACACCAGCUUGCACAACUUCUGUGCUGUGAUUGGUUGCUGGGUACUCGAAAGGACAUCUGGGAAUUUUCACAGAAGCCGCACUUCACUGCCACUGUACCAACUGAUCCGGUUGAAUUGCGUUCGUUUCAGAAUGAUCUGGAGAGUUUGCAGAAACUCACUCACAACCUUCCUGCUGCUCUGCCAAGGCUUUAUUUAUACGAGGCUGUGGCUCGACUAAUGGCAGGCGCCAACCCCACUGAGACUCACCAUCUCUUACAGAGGAGCACGCUGAGGCAGCGAGUGGUCACUACAUGUCACCACAAAGGACAACAGCCUGAAGACGAAGGAGACGAGGAAGAGACAACAUGUGUAACAGGUGAGCGGGAGAAGGCAGCAGCCCUUAUGAUGGCCUGUCGACAUCUUCCUCUGCCAUUCUUAUCUGGUCCGUGUCAGCGUAAGAAGAUGCUUGUCGAAGCUGCCACUUCUCUGGAGAAAAUCGGAGAUAAGCGAACUCUGCAGGAAUGUCAGCAACUUCUACUCCAGCUGAACUCGGUUUCAGCUGUUGAAUGACGGAAAAUUUUAAUUGACAUCGUUACUGUUACAUAUAUGUCGUUGUUCUUGCUUCAAACUCUUUCGUAGGUCCCAGCAUUCUUUAGAAAUAUUUCCCCUCCAUUCAUAGCGCUCACCACAUAUUCAAGUGUGAAAUUCGUAGGACGACUAGGUGUCUCAAAGUCCGAUUAUUGGUUACUGAGGAAGCGAGAGGCACAAGCUUAUGUAACAGACACGAAGCGUGUCUCUGGUAAUCUACAUCAUGUCAUAGCAGAUCAUAUUGCUUACAAUAAUUACAGGCUUUGCCAUAAGUAACUAAACUUUAUUAAUGAAAGUAAACGCUAAACCAAGACAGUUAAAACGUCGAAAAACCCAUUAAAUUAACAGAAAAAAAUAGAGAAGAGAAGUGGUAUAUUUAUGACAAGUAUGUAUGUGCAUUAAAUAUUUUAUUUUAUACUCAAGGAUAGACUUUCGUAACUUAUUUGUUACUGGUUUUUUUUUUAGUGAAACAACUUAAGUGGAAUCAAGAAUCACUGUUUACGCCUAAAGGUGAUUUUAUUCCAGUUAUUUCCCUCGAACCAAUUGUUGAAUGCGUAGUAUUAGUGAUGCCAAUGAUUGCGUCUUCUGAUCCGACAAGUAUUAGUUGAGAUAAUAAUAGUAAAGGAAACCUGUGUGUUUGUUGUAUUUUGCUGGACUCCUCCGGCCGCUGGAGACAGUAUCCAAGACAAGUCACAAAUUUGAUCUUAACGUGUUUAAUAAUCGCAAGAUUCACAAGGUCUUCGCACAAUCACGGUCAAUCUAACUAUCUUGUUCAAUAGAUUCGAAUUAACAACUUAGAAGGGUGGGCAGACUCUUGAUAAUAAGCACGUUCUCCGUUGUCACGGGUUACAUAAUUACGUAAUAUGUGCCCCAGUCCCCGAUAGUAUUUUAAUACUGUCGAGCACAUUGUUAAAACAAUGUUCUAAAAUUAACUAAUUUGGAAAAAAGAAGAAAAACCGGUAAGAUAACACGAUAAGGUAACUGUAGACGCGUAGUAUUAGUUUUUCAAUAUGCGCGUAAAAUUAAUGUAUGCCUUGUGUGAUUCAUGGUUGAUGUUUUGCUGUUGAGUGUAUGCUAAAUAAAGUUAUUAAUGUACGGUUUCAAAAGUGACCUCUUGAGGUCAAACGUACCGAAA